GCUGGUAUAAAUGGUGCCAAUAUAGCAAGGGUAUAUAAUAUUUCCAUUACCGCAGAAGAAUUUUCAUGGAUUGGAUCACUCGCAGCACUUGGUUCUGCAGUAUCAUGUGUACCAAUCGCUAUUCUUGCAGAUAUAAUAGGCAGAAAGUAUUCUAUGCUAAUACUUGUAAUUCCUUUUACUAUUGGCUGGCUUUGUAUUAUUUUUGCAAAAUCUAUCGCUUUAUUUUACGUUGGAAGGUUCUUGAUAGGUUUCAGCGGUGGAGCUUUUUGUGUGACAGGUCCUAUGUAUACUUCAGAAAUUGCUGAAAGCGAAAUUCGUGGAAGAUUAGGUCUAUAUUAUCAGUUAUUUCUCACUGUGGGUAUUGUAAUAGUAAACAUUCUAAAUUUUAGUGUAAAUAUGUUUGAAUUAUCCGUUAUAUCUGGAUUUAGUCCAAUAAUUUUUGCUAUAACAUUCUUCUUCAUGCCAGAAACUCCUGUAUAUUAUUUAAUUAAAGGAAAUGAAGAUGCUGCUAGAAAAAGUUAUAUUAAAUUUAGAGGUCCUCACUAUGAUAUAGAACCAGAAUUAAGUAUGCAGAAAAGGUUAAUAGAAGAGGCUAAUAAACAGAAGGUGUCUUUUCUAACUUCAUUGAAAACUAAAGCUUGCAUGAAAGGAUUAUUGAUAUCUUAUGGUCUUAUGUUCAUUCAACAAUGUAGUGGAAUAAAUGCUAUUGCAAUUUAUAGUGGUCCUUUAUUUGAGGCAACAGGUAGUUCUGUUGGACCUAAGGAAGGUACCAUGGCAGCAGGUGCAAUUGCAUUAACUAUGGUACUUAUUAGCUCAUUAAUAGUCGAUCGUUUAGGUAGAAGAAUAUUACUUACAACAUCUAUUAUCUUUAUGUGUUUAUCUCUCUUAGCACUUGGUAUUUACUUCUAUCUCUUAGAGAAACCAAGUACAACUAGUCUAGAUUGGUUACCUCUUUCGUCUGUUUGUUCUUUUAUCAUUUCAUAUUCAUUCGGAUUUGGCCCUAUUCCAUGGAUGAUGAUCUCAGAGAUUUUUGCUCCAGAAAUCAAAGCUAUUGUUAGUAGUAGUGCUUGUUUUUUACAUUGGAUAAUGGCAUUUAUUAUCGCUAAAACUUUUGUUAAUUUAAAUAAUACUAUACAUACCUAUGGUACGUUUUGGUUAUUUUCACUUAUUUGUGGUAUAAGUAUCGGUUUUGUUUUAUUCUUUGUCCCAGAAACGAAAGGAAAAACGUUAGAACAAAUUCUACGCGAAUUAAAUGCAUAGUUAGGUAUUUAAAAAAAUCAUUAAUAUAUAAAACACCUUGUAGCAUAAGAUAUUGCAUAUGAUGUAGGGCUGAUCUUUUUGUAAAACUACUGUAAUAUGUUUUAGACAAAUAUAUUUCUGAUGGGGAUGUAAA